GAGGGAGAGGAGAUAAUGGAGCCAGACAGGACUCAGAUAAAGCUUGACCCCAGGUACACGGCAGAUCUUCUGAAAAUCCUGGAGACCAAUUACAGCAUCCCCUCUGCCUGCUUCUCUCACCCUCCCACUGCAGCCCAACUUCUGAGAGCAUUGGGCCCUUUGGAGAUUGCCCUCACGGCCACCAUGACCUUGCUUGCCCUGGGCUCAAUUGCCAUCUUCCUGGAGGACGCCGUCUACCUGUACAAGAACACCCGUUGCCCCAUCAAGCGAAGGACUCUGCUCUGGAGCAGCUCUGCGCCCACGGUGGUGUCUGUGUUCUGCUGCUUCGGGCUCUGGAUCCCUCGCUCCCUCAUGCUCGUGGAAAUGGCCAUCACCUCGUUUUAUGCGGUGUGCUUUUACCUACUGAUGCUGGUCAUAGUGCAAGGCUUUGGUGGGAAGGAAGCAGUAGUGAGGACACUGAAGGACACCCCGAUGAUGAUCCACACAGGCCCCUGCUGCUGCUGCUGCCCCUGCUGCCCCAAACUCAACCUCACCAGGAAGAAGCUCCAGCUGCUGAUGUUGGGCCCAUUCCAGUAUGCCUUCCUCAGGAUAACCCUGGGCCUGGUGGGCCUGUUCCUCAUCCCCGAUGGCAUCUUUGAGCCAGCAGACAUUUCUGAGCAGAGCACGGCUCUGUGGAUCAACACUGUCCUCGGUGUGUCCACCCUGUUGGCUCUCUGGAGCCUGGCCAUCCUUUUCCGUCAAGCCAAGCUGCACCUGGGCGAGCAGAACAUCGGGGCCAAAUUUGCUCUGUUCCAGGUGCUCCUCAUCCUGACCGCCCUGCAGCCAUCCAUCUUCUCGGUGUUGGCCAAUGGCGGGCAGAUUGCUUGUUCGCCUCCCUUUUCCUCUAAAAUCAGGUCUCAAGUGAUGAAUUGCCACCUCCUGAUACUGGAGACUUUCCUGCUGACUGUGCUGACACGGAGAUACUACAGAAGGAAAGACGACAAGGUUGGAUAUGAACCUUUCCCUUCUCCAGACCUGGAUUCGAACCUCAAAGCCUGAGGCGGACGGCUUGGACAAUGAGACACUGUACUCAUGAGAUGGGCACACGAUUUCUUCACUGUCCCUCAACAUUGACCACAUGGGGAAGGAUUCCAUGUCAGUACAAGCUGGCAAAUUACACUGGACUAUACAGAUGAAGGUGAAUCAUGCAAUAGGAUGAGAUUGUUUUGGGUCUUGCCUGGGGAAGGUAAUUUAGUUUCAUAAUAGACAAACAGAAUGGAGUUUGAAA